AUGAACUCUAUGGAGAGAACGUUCCAGUUUCUUGCAGAUGUUUUUGAGUCCAAUGGCAGCUGCCUUGUCACAGAACGUGUCAGUCCAUCUUUGUCGGGUUCGAGUCGACGGAAAAGUCGGCCGGUGAAAAGGAUUAUCACAGAAGACGACGAAGAAGGAGAAGCAGAAGUAAUCCAGGCAGCACCCGAACCGCCACCUCCAGAAAUUGUACAACCUCGGGAAGAAAUAAAAUGCCCAGCGAUGCAUCAGGAUGCCGCGGAACCCUUACUGGCAUCAAUCACACAGUUCGUCAAUAAUGAGAUUAAUGAGCACAAUCUACACGAAGACGAAGGCAACACAUCAGGCGAAGUAUUCACCAACGGCAACAACGUCGACGAUAUGGACCAAGUCCCUCUUGGGACAAACGACUUCCUCAAAAAAGUGGCAGAGUUACUACAGGCAAAUGAGAGCGGGACAAUAAAUGCAAAUUUUUUACAAGCACAGAUAAAUUCAUUAAAAGAUACGGGGGAAUCACCUCCUAGGACAACAAAUGGGAAUGGCUUAUUAACACCUAUAACGACACCUUUAUCACCUCUAUUCACAUCACCAGAACAAUUAAAUACACCCGAGAAGUUGUUACAAGCAAUGAUGACACCUUCAUUAGGGUUUUUGGGAAGUAAUGGAUUGGGAGCCACCAACACCGGCCUCCUCUCUUCUCCACUAAUUGCUCCAAGCCCAACUCUUCUCCAUUCGCUGAUGAGUACUCCAAACACCCCAACAGCUUCAGUGACACCAAAAAAGGCAGAGAACAGGCCGCCAGUCGUAGCACAAACACUGAAAGCUUCGAAGAGGAGAUUGUUCGACGACACCUCGAAAAUCGAAGCCGCCAGCAUGAGUGGAGAAGAUAGAAUUGAUAUGGAUGAGCUUGAGGCAUUCGCACAGACAUUCAAGAAGCAAAGGAUAAAGUUCGGUUUCACACAAGGAGACGUCGGUGUUGCACUUGGAAAGAGAUAUGGAACCGACUUCUCGCAAACGACCAUCUCCAGAUUCGAAGCUUUGAAUUUGUCGUUCAAGAAUAUGUGCAAACUGAGACCACUUCUCAAGGAAUGGUUGGUGGAUGUCGAGGUGCAGAUUGAAGGAGGAGCCACUGUAACAGAUCUGAUUGAUAAGAAGACCCUUCACAACGGAAACCACCACACUCCUCAUCACUCAGAUGCCCAUGAAAUUAUUCACUCUUCCAUCGCUUCAGUGAACGCUAACACCAUUCUUAGCAGAGACCAACACGUCAAGAGAAGAAGGAAGAGGACCAAUUUGGACAUGAACCAAAGAAACGCUCUGGACACAUUCUUCACCAUCAACCCACGUCCAGAUCAUGAUAAGAUGACUGAUAUUGCCAACACUCUGGAACUCGACAGAGAUGUUGUCCGAGUUUGGUUCUGUAACAGACGCCAGAAGAUGCGCAGAGUGGAUGAGCCAGUAGAGGGAGAGCUCCUUACACCAUCAGUGAGCCCAGUCUUCCCACACAUCUCAUCGAUGACUGCCAUGGAACAAAUCCAAGAGGCUGCUCGUUUGGCAUCUUGCCAGGCUAGCAAUGAUGAUAGUGAUGGAACCUCUGGAAGUCCAGAUGCUCCAUCUAACGAUGGAUGCUCGGACAUGUAA